CUAACUUCAAAGCAUCUGUCUGCCUUUUUAACCGCAUCACAUGUAUAUGUUGUAUUUUCUACAUUAAACUGAAAUAAAUGUAUACUCCCACUCUAUACGAGAAAAAGGAGAAGAGAAAAACAUUCAUGUUGCAGCAGAAAAAAGGAGCUCUUAAGCAAUUCUGCAACUGUAAAAUCCUGCGCGACGGCAGGAUCCGAACAGAAGAUCUAUGGGUGCGUGAUGGAAAAAUUGUGAACCCGGAGAAAAUUUUCUACGAUGAGAAAGUCAAGCCAGAUGUUAUGAUAGAUUGUGGCACCGCCUUGAUCUCGCCAGGAUUUAUUGAUCUGCAAAUUAAUGGAGGAUUUGGCAUAGAUUUUUCUUAUAACGUUGACAAUGUAAAGGAAGGCAUUGACAAAGUAGCAAAGAACCUGCUGAAAUAUGGAGUCACAUCCUUUUGUCCUACAUUGGUGACAUCUCCCAGUGAAGUAUAUCAUAAAGUACUGCCAGAAAUAAAGAAGAGAAAUGGAGGUAGCCACGGUGCUGGUAUACUGGGUGUUCAUGUAGAAGGACCGUUCAUCAGCCCAAGCAAAAAAGGCGCUCAUCCGGAACAUUGUAUUAGAAAAUUUGACCAGGGAUUUAAAUCGGUUGUAGAUAUGUAUGGAGAUCUAGACAAUGUGUGCAUGCUUACAUUAGCACCUGAAAUUCCAAAUGCUACAUCUGUCGUUGAAGACUUGUGUAGAAAAAAUAUAAUAGUAUCUCUUGGACAUUCCGUAGCAAACUUAAGCGAAGGAGAAAAAGCAGUUAAACAUGGAGCGUCAUUUAUCACUCAUCUUUUCAAUGCUAUGUUGCCUUUCCAUCAUAGAGAUCCAGGAUUAGUUGGCCUCCUAACAUCCGACCAAAUCCCUCCUGGAAAAAUGGUUCAUUUCGGAAUAAUCGCAGACGGGAUCCACACUCAUCCGGCAGCAUUGCGAAUCGCUCAUAGAACGCAUCCUCAAGGUCUCGUGCUUGUAACUGACGCGAUAUCAGCACUGGGUUUGGAGGAAGGAAUCCAUCAACUGGGCCAGUUCGAAAUAGAGAUACGUAAAGAGUCUGCUUACAUCGCUGGAACAGAUACUCUCUGCGGUAGCACGACCGAAAUGCCGAAAUGUGUGAGACAUUUUAAAGAAGCUACAGGUUGCACGGUAGUCGAGGCUCUAGAAGCAGCAACUUUGCAUCCUGCGAGAGCCCUCGGUAUUGAUGCGAACAAAGGUGUGCUUAAUUUUGGGGCCGAUGCCGAUUUUAUAUUACUUGAUAAGAAGUUGGAACUGCUGUCAACGUGGAUUUUAGGAGAAUGCGUUUAUGAAAAGAAUAUCGGCAGUAUAAAAGAAUUAAAGGUACAAGCACAGAUCAAUUAUUACAUUAAAUAACUGAACAUUCCGUGCCUUGAGUUGGCCAUUGUAUCAAUUGAUAGUGAAUGACUUAUAAUAAUGCAACGAAGAGUUUUAAACUUUUUUCAAAGGGAAUUUUUGUACACUAAGACUUUUAUAUAUUUGUACUUAGUUGUAUAUUCUGAAAUAGAUGCCUAAUAUUUUCUAUAAAAAGAAAUUUAUAUUUUAUAUAAAAUUAUAUAUAUAUAUAUA